CUCACUCGCCUUUGAUAAUUCAUAGAGAAGAAACGCUGAUCGAAUCCGAUAGAAACUCCCCCGAAACGUACAAUCGCGCCCCCCCACGCACGCAUACCGGGCGCAUUUCGACCGCCAGCAAUAGUGUUACCCGUGAAAAAACACCGCAGGGUCGUUCGUCGUCGUAAUGGGCCAUUGAAAUCGUGGUCGCGCACGGGUCAUUGCAGCGGUACCGUAGUCAGUACUCAGUAGUAUAAUAGUAUAAUAUAAUACAGAAACACUAGCAGUAGUGAGCGUUUUUUCGUGUGCGCCGUCGUUCGCUUGGGAUUACAACUACAGCGUGUGUGUAUAUGUGUGUGAUACUGCGCGUGCCCAAACAUCGGUAAAUUAAAGAAAAAGGGCGACCGUCGGCCUUCCAACAGGAGCCGAAUAAACGUCGUCAUGGAACAAAUACCCACAUCAGCUAGUGACGGCGGUGGAAACGCCACGGCUGCACCGUCGUCAGCCGGCCCCUCAUCGUUCACGCCCCCGACACCCGCCGUCCAGCCCUCGGACAACAAUUGCAUCGACAAGAGAUUACAGUCGGUGUCCGAGUCGGAGUACCAAGACGAAGAGUACGACGAACCCGACCAAUUGUACUUGUCCGGGUCGUCCGGUUCCGAGGAAGAAGUAUCCGAAGUUGGAUCAUUUGGUCUUGAUCAAGACGAUCUAUGUGAAGACCCUAAUACCCGAUUAAAUUCAACCUUUCUAAUAGCUGCUGAUGAUACAGACACCGAACAAAGUAUAGAAGGGGAUCCUGAUACCCAUCGUCAAUUAGAAGCUCUUCUCCAAGCAGCAGGCUCUAUGCUCAGGCCAAGUGGAAACGUGUGUGGUUUAGGUCUUAAUAAACUCGGAGUUCCAAUCGAGACCACCACUGACCCUGAAGUGCUGCGAAAACUAACGAAUAGUGUUUCUUGUGCCUUGGACGAAGCGGCUGCAGCACUCACGCGGAUGAGAGCGGAAACCAAAAACGAUAAUAAGACCUUAGUUGAAGCAUGCCAUGAAGGUGAUGUCGGUGCUGUUCGAAAAUUAUUAACUGAAGGCCGAUCUGUUCAUGAAACUUCUGAAGAAGGUGAAAGUCUAUUGUCCCUAGCUUGCUCAGCAGGUUAUUACGAAUUAGCUCAGGUUUUACUUGCAAUGCAAGCAAACGUUGAAGACCGGGGUAUUAAAGGAGACUGUACGCCGCUUAUGGAGGCAGCCUCAUCAGGUUUUGUUGAGAUUGUAAGAUUAUUACUUGCUCAUGGCGCUGAUGUGAAUGCUCUAUCAUCCACUGGAAAUACUCCAUUAAUGUAUGCAUGUGCUGGUGGUCAUGUUGACACUGUAAAAGAGCUUUUAAAUUACGAAGCAAAUGUAGAAGACCACAAUGAAAAUGGGCAUACUCCUCUUAUGGAAGCUGCAAGCGCAGGCCAUGUUAUGGUGGCAAAAAUAUUAUUAGAACACGGAGCUGGUAUAAAUACCCAUUCAAAUGAAUUUAAAGAAAGUGCUCUAACAUUGGCAUGCUAUAAAGGUCAUUUAGAAAUGGUCAGAUUUUUAUUAGCUGCUGGAGCUGACCAAGAACAUAAAACAGAUGAAAUGCACACUGCCUUAAUGGAGGCUUCGAUGGAUGGUCAUGUUGAGGUUGCUAGACUUCUGUUGGAUUCUGGCGCUCAAGUGAACAUGCCAACUGAUAGUUUUGAGUCUCCACUUACUCUAGCAGCGUGCGGAGGACAUGUUGAGCUGGCUUUAUUGUUAAUUGAACGAGGUGCAAAUAUUGAAGAAGUUAACGAUGAAGGCUACACUCCUCUUAUGGAAGCUGCCCGAGAGGGCCAUGAAGAUAUGGUAUCUGUUUUACUAAGUAAAGGUGCUAACAUAAAUGCACAGACUGAAGAAACUCAAGAGACUGCCCUGACAUUAGCAUGUUGUGGUGGCUUUUUGGAUGUAGCUGAUUUUCUAAUUAAAAAUGGUGCAAUCUUGGAACUAGGAGCAUCGACACCACUUAUGGAGGCAGCUCAAGAGGGUCAUUUAGAUUUGGUCAGAUAUUUAUUAGAAUGUGGUGCAGAUGUACACGCUCAGACAACAUCUGCUGAUACAGCAUUGACUUAUGCUUGUGAGAAUGGUCAUACCGAUGUUGCUGAUUUGUUACUGCAGUUUGGUGCUAAUCUCGAACACGAAUCUGAAGGAGGUCGUACACCUUUGAUGAAAGCUUGUCGAGCAGGUCACCUAUGUACCGUCCAGUUUCUCAUUUCUAAAAAUGCUGAAAUUAACCGAGUCACUGUCAGUAAUGAUCAUACUCCUUUAUCUCUUGCCUGUGCUGGAGGACACUUGGCUGUUGUUGAAUUACUGCUAGCCCAUUCAGCCGAUCCCUUCCAUAAGCUCAAAGACAAUUCGACUAUGGUCAUUGAGGCUGCCAAAGGGGGCCAUACCAAUGUUGUUAAAUUGUUAUUAGAUUAUCCCCAUUCGGUGAUGCUGACACCUCCUGUAUCACCUGUACCCGGUACUCCAGUUCAAGAGACACCAAUUGUUGAUGAAUCUACUUUGUCUGAAGUACAAGUAAUGUCUAAGGCUCAUGCUAUUGCAGGAAGAAUAGUUGAGAGUUAUGGACCUAAUGCUAAGCAUAAUGUUAACUCUUGUAUACAAAAAGCUAUGAUUAGGAAGGCACAAUUAAACACACCUAAUGCAACAAAUGACCUUCAAUUUAAAAUAGAAACGCAUAAAGAUAAUACACCUACUAAGAACAAUACCCCAACGGCCAAAUCUCUUAUUAAUACUGCAGCCAUUGAGCAACAGCUAUUUAAAAGACAACAAAUAGCUGAGGACUUAAAGAGAGUCGAACAGGAGUUGAAAGAAAAUGGAAGCCUUUCAAUGGCCACAUUGAUGACUACACCACCUCCGUUGCCUGCUUCUUCACCUGGAGUUUUAGAUUCUAGUACAUCGUCUAGUGGUUCAAACUCAGGAGAUACGUCCAAAGCUAGCCCUAGUCAACCCGUGUCUACCAGUUCAGAUGUAGUGCAAACUACAGCUAUAAGCGAUAGACCAAAAAUUAAAGCUAAAUUCAAAAAGAAACCAGCUCAGCCUUCUCCGGGAAACCUAAAUGUUAAUAACCCUUCUCAAGCAACAUUGGAUGCCAAUUACGCCCGAGGGGUAAUGGCUGGAGUGGCGGCUAUGAAACCUCAGUAUAAGGCAGAAUUUAUUGAAAGACACUCUGGUGAUGGAUGUGAUAAAGAAUUAGCUGCUCGAAUGAUUAAAUUUUGUGAAGAACAAACAGCUAAAUGUGAUGAUGGUCACGAAAGUCUAAAAAAUUUGAUGAUUACUUCAUUAAUGAAAGAACAUCUUAUGAAAGUUCGCAAAGAUCAUCUUCAAUUUCCUGAUAAUAUGGUGAAAAAUUUGUUACCACCAUUGUCUGGUGCAAUUCAUGACAGUUUACCUCGUGGUUCUGCGGGUAUUCUACCUAUACCCGGUGAAGAUAAUUCCCACAUUGAUUUUAAAACAUUCAACUGUAUUGAUGCAGACCUAAUUGAAAAUUUAGUUAGCGAGACUCUUACUCUUGAAGAAAUAUCAAAUUUACCUAUUGAUGAACGACUUCAAAAAGAAAUUCAAAAUUAUCGUAUCAAUGUAAAUUCUUCACCUUCAGAAUCUACACUAACAUUUCCCUCUCAAUCAUUUAAAAAUUAUGUACAAAACCACCAAACAUCCGUUGAUUUUAGACUAUCUCCGAAAGACAUAUCUAAUUUUGCAGGAGCUGUAUCACAACUUAGUUUAGAUGAAACGACCACCCAACCAACUGUAGCAAUACCUAGCCCAAAUAACUGUGUGCCAACACAAGUCGCAGCUGCUACUCAAACACCUUCAGAAUCUGUGACAUCUAAUAAGCGUUCAGCAACAAAUACGUCAACUACCACUGCUACGACAACCACAACAAAUAAAGGUAAAAAGGCGCGCUAUCAAGUUCGCCCCCAGCCACCAAGUUUGGCCCCCCAAUCUGGGUCAAAUAACACCCAAUCGUCCAACUCUGUUGCCCAAUCGGAUGUUGCCAGCUCUAGAUUCUCUACAACCACCGGUGAAUCUUACGGAAGUGAUGCAGAUAUAUCAUAUGGCAUCAAUGUGGACUCUCAAACAGAAAGCAACCACGACACAGCCCUUACUGUUGCUUGUGCGGGGGGGCAUGAGGAGUUGGUAAAAUUAUUACUAGUGAGGGGUGCGAAUAUUGAACACAGAGACAAAAAAGGGUUUACACCGUUAAUAUUAGCAGCUACAGGAGGCUUUGAUAAAAUUGUCGAAAUCCUAUUGAACAAUGCAGCCAAUAUGGAAGCACAGUCUGAACGAACUAAAGAUACACCCUUGUCUUUGGCGUGUUCUGGUGGCCGUUAUGAAGUUUGUGAACUAUUACUACAAAGAGGAGCCAACAAGGAACACAGAAAUGUAUCAGACUAUACUCCUCUAAGUUUAGCAGCAUCUGGUGGAUAUGUUAAUAUAAUAAAAUUGUUAUUAAAUAAUGGGGCUGAAAUAAAUUCCCGAACCGGUUCUAAAUUAGGAAUCUCGCCUUUAAUGUUGGCUGCCAUGAAUGGUCACACAGCUGCCGUUAAACUUUUGUUGGAUAUGGGAAGUGAUAUCAAUGCUCAGAUUGAGACAAAUCGGAAUACAGCUCUUACUUUAGCUUGUUUUCAAGGGAGACACGAAGUAGUUUCUUUAUUGUUGGACAGAAAGGCUAAUGUGGAACACAGAGCUAAGACUGGACUAACUCCGUUAAUGGAAGCUGCUAGUGGCGGUUAUGUAGAAGUAGGUAGAGUAUUAAUAGACAAGGGAGCUGAUGUUAACGCCAAUCCAGUUCCAUCUUCUCGGGAUACUGCACUCACAAUUGCUGCUGAUAAAGGCCAUGUGCGAUUCGUUGAGUUGUUAUUAGAAAAAAACGCGUACGUUGAAGUAAAAAACAAAAAAGGAAAUUCUCCUCUUUGGUUAGCUGCAAAUGGAGGUCACUUAGGUGUAAUUGAAUUACUUUAUAAAGUCGGUGCCAAUAUUGACUCCCAAGAUAAUAGGAAAGUUACCUGUCUUAUGGCUGCAUUUCGCAAAGGUCACGUUAAAGUUGUUAAAUGGAUGGUGAACCAUGUAUCCCAAUUUCCUAGUGAUCAAGAAAUGACACGAUUUAUCGCUACAUUAAGUGAUAAGGAGUCUAUUGAUAAAUGCCAAGAAUGUAUGGUUGCUAUUCGAAUAUCAAAAGAUCAACAAGCAGCUAGAGCUAAUAAAAAUGCUUCAAUAUUAUUAGAAGAAUUAGACAUGGAAAAAACAAAAGAAGAAUUAAAAAAAGCUUCAGCAGCUCGUCGCAAAAUGAAGAAAAAGAAGAAGAAACAAGCAAAGAGCGGUAAAAAGAAUAAUGAUGAAGAGGAACCACCUGAAGAUCAAAAUGAAAGCCAAGAAAAUGAAGAGGAAGAAGAAGAUGAAGAUGAAGAGGAAGAAGUGCCCGUUAAAGUAUUGGUAGAAAUGAAGAAAAAAGUUGACUUAAAGAAAAAAGGUAAAGUAACUGUUUUGAGCAGUGUUAUACUAGCUGAUAUUGAAGAGGGCGAUAGUGGAAUUGAUGCUAACAGUCAAGGAAGCUGUAGUAGUACUGAUGCCAAAAAUGCUGCUGCUGCUGCUCGAACAGCUACUCAGGCCCAAAAUACAAAUGCCAGUAAGAAAGAUAAAAAGAAGAAAAACAAAGAAACAGCUUCUUCAGAGAGUAAAGCUGCUAUGACUACAAACGUAAAAUUAGCAACUACUUCAGCUGCCACUCAAACAAAUACUUCUAAAAUCAAUUCCACACAAGUCAAAUCAAAUAAAGAGAAAAAAACCCAAGUGAACUCAACUGCUUCAAAGACCACUACAGUUAUUUCUUCAAAAUCUGAAACAUCACAAACUGUUUCAAGAGCAACUCCGUUAUCAUCAACAUCAUCAUUGUCUAAAGCUAAAAUACAACAAUCUGCUAAUAGUAAUAAUAACAAUAUGGCCAAUGCUCGUAAAGAAUCAAGUAAAUCCAAUAAUUAUAAAGGAAAUAAAGUAGUCAAUAAUAUGGUAUUCGAAUCUACUCAAAAUCCUGCUGCGCGUGAAGAUUUUGAAGCUACGGGAAAUGAAAAUUUUCUCACAAAACAUAAAAAACAACAAGCUGAAGAAUAUACACACGUUGGUGCCAAAACAUCAAAUAUUAGUCCUGUGAAGCAAACUCGAGGACGAGAAGAAGGUUGGAAAGAAGUUGUGCGAACCAGAUAUCUUGCAUCCCCAUAUAGAAGUAAAAAGGUGUCAGUGCCAUUAAAUGCAAUUAGUCGUGUGAUUGGGCGUGGCGGUAGUAAUAUAAAUGCCAUAAGAGCUUCUACUGGUGCAUUAAUUGAAGUUGACAAUCAAAGUAAAGGACAAGGAGAAAGAAUAAUAACUAUUAAAGGGUCAACAGAGGUUACCAAACAAGCACAUGAUCUAAUUGCUAUGCUCAUUAAAGACCCUGAAGUAAAUAUCAUGAGUGUAAUUGCUAAGAAUCCUAAAGUGACAAGUGCUUGGGAUAAAUCUGUGAACAAUGCAAAAGCAAAAACUGCCAGUGCAGUAUCACAGAAACUAGUUGUAAGUCAACCAGUGUCAAUUUCCACUUCUAAACCACAAGCACCAACAGUUAUUGCUUCAAUGACGAUAAAGCCUACAAUCUCUGUAAAUGGACCUCGUCCAACUGUUGCUGCUGUAGCUGCAGGUGAAAAGAAGAUUACGACAAGCACAGUUAAACCAACGAUGUCCUAUACCAAUGCUAUAAUAUCUUCCUCAGAUCCAGCUCCUAAAUCCCAACAACAGCCACAACCAUUGCCUCCAAAAGUUGUACAGCCUGCUUUUGUAACGCCAGCAUCCACUGCUUCUACGAGUGUAUCUAGUGUACCUUCGUCGGUCAAUGUGUCGGCAUCAUCAAUAACUAUGAUAACCAAACCUACCAAUGCUGUACCUCUUGCUCAACUGAAACCUCAACAAGAGUUAUCUGCACCUCAUCACCCAGUGGCAAUUGUGUCCCCAAUGGUUAGCAGUGCGCCAUUACCUCCCCAACCACAAAUUAAACCUCAAGUGGUAGAUGCAUCGGAAUACUCGUUAUUUGAUUCUUUUUCUAAGAUAUCUGUUCAAACUAUGUGGGGUAGAGAUGGAGAAUGUGGAGGGCAAAAACCCACUGUAACAUUCACAGGAGGUAAUCAUGUACCAGUUGUAACGCCAUCAAUUGGUGCAAUUGGUCAGCCUAAAAAAUAUUUAGAAACAGAUCCACCUAUGGCAGAUGCUUCCAAGGCUCCUGGAUACAGAGGGAUAGGUUUGUCAUCGCCAAUUUCAUCUAAAACUGGAGGGGCAAGUACAGGAAGUGCCAAUGGAAGUCGUACAACUACACCUCCAAUGUGUUCUCCGGUAUCACAGUAUAAUAACAGUUCAAAUGUUCAAUCGAAUGUUCAACAACCUCAGUCUGAACCUUACCAUCAACAUGCCUACAUGACUGAGCAGUCUCAUCAGUCGUCACAAAUAAAUGUUGAGCGAUCAAGGCUAAACCCUCGAGCACCUGAUUUUGCAACUAUUAAAUCAAAUCAAAACGUGGUACAGCCUCAACAAGUUUACAACAAUCAAGUACCGCAAAACUUUCUUCAACCCCCUAUGGUUCCAAAUGUCAUGCCAUAUCAACAAAAGUUUCAACAACAAUUACCUAACUUAAGAGUAGCACCUAACAAUCCAAAUCGGUGGACCCACUUCAUCAAUCAGCCUCCACCACCGUUUGGCCGACCUACUCUGCAUCCUGUAAAUGGAAGUGCAGAAAUCUUUGCAGGAUUAGAAGCCACUGCAAGUCCACCAAAUAUGUCUCCAAAUCUCGAUGAACGCAAAGCCCCGCCAAAACCAAUUGGAACUGAAAGAGCGUGGAAGCAAAACCUAAUUGGAGAAAAUCCCCAUCAACAACAUCAAGGCAAUUGGCCUGAUAUGAAAAUGCAAUGGGCUCAUCAUGACCUUUUCCGAACGCCCCCACCACCACCUGUUAACUUUCCAUUAGGUCCAAGAUUACCUAUGCCAGAUGAACAUAAUCUUUUUGAUACCUAUCAGUCCACAGACCACUUAACGGGAGCUAAUCUUAGUCACCAUGCGGCAAUGAUGCAAACUAUGCCCUUGUUUGCUUCUAAUGGUCACAUGGAACAAGCUCAUCAUUUGCUGGCAUCUAAUCAUCAUACUGCUGGCCAAAUGACGUUUGACCCAAAAUUGGAAUGGGAUCAAUCCAGAAACCAACAACAGCAAGCUCAACAACAAUCGCAACAGCAAGCUCCAUUGAGUACACCAUUUCCAUUCAUUUUUUAACCAUGAAGCGAAGCAACAUAAAUUAUGCCUAAGUAAUUGAAUCACACACACAGACGUACAUAUAAUUUGUUUUUUGUUUCUCCAUUAUUAAAAAAAACUCUUCGGUCUCUUGUUUUAAAAGGAAGACAAGUACAUAAUUCAACCAAACAAACAAAAAUACCUAUCAAACAAAUUCGAACUUGUAAUGCUGCGUUAUUUUGUAUUGUUUCAUUUUUUUUUUUUUUUUUGGAACGAUCUUUUUUACAUU